AUGGCAGUGGACAACUCCACCAGCGACCCCCACACCCCGAGCUCGCAGCUGAGCUUGGCUGACAUCGUCGUCAUCGCCGUGUACUUCGCCUUGAAUGUGGCCGUGGGCAUAUGGUCCUCCUGUCGAGCCAGCAGGAACACAGUGAGCGGCUACUUCCUGGCAGGCCGGGACAUGACGUGGUGGCCGAUCGGUGCCUCCCUCUUUGCCAGCAGCGAGGGUUCGGGCCUCUUCAUUGGACUGGCAGGCUCAGGCGCAGCUGGAGGCGUGGCUGUGGCAGGCUUUGAGUGGAAUGCCACAUAUGUGCUGCUGGCUCUGGCGUGGGUUUUUGUGCCUAUCUACAUCUCCUCAGAGAUCGUCACCAUGCCUGAAUACAUUCAGAAGCGCUAUGGAGGCCAGAGGAUACGCAUGUACCUGUCUGUCCUGUCCCUGCUCCUGUCCGUCUUCACCAAGAUAUCGAUCGACCUGUAUGCGGGGGCUCUCUUUGUGCACAUCUGCCUGGGCUGGAACUUCUACUUGUCCACCAUCCUCAUGCUCGCCAUCACAGCGCUGUACACCAUCGCAGGGGGGCUGGCCGCUGUGAUCUACACAGAUGCCCUGCAAACGCUCAUCAUGGUGGUGGGGGCUGUCAUUCUGACUGUCAAAGCUUUCGACCAGAUUGGGGGGUAUGAGCAGCUGGCAGCAGCCUACGCCCGGGCUAUACCAUCUAAGACUGUUGCCAACACCACCUGCCACCUGCCACGCGCAGAUGCCAUGCACAUGUUCAGAGACCCCUACACAGGGGACCUCCCGUGGACCGGGAUGACCUUCGGCCUGACCAUCAUGGCCACCUGGUACUGGUGCACUGACCAGGUCAUCGUGCAGCGGUCGCUGUCUGCCCGGGACCUGAACCACGCCAAAGCAGGCUCCAUCCUGGCCAGCUACCUCAAGAUGCUGCCCAUGGGCCUGAUCGUGAUGCCAGGCAUGAUCAGCCGCGCACUGUUCCCAGGUAGGGCAGUUGUCAGUGAACGGCAUAAAGUGAGGCUCUCUCACACAGAUGACGUGGGCUGCGUGACGCCGGCCGAGUGCCUGCGGGCCUGCGGGGCCGAGAUUGGCUGCUCCAACAUUGCCUACCCCAAGCUGGUCAUGGAACUGAUGCCCAUCGGUCUGCGGGGCCUGAUGGUCGCAGUGAUGAUGGCUGCUCUCAUGUCCUCGCUGACCUCCAUCUUCAACAGCAGCAGCACCCUCUUCACCAUGGACGUCUGGAGGCGGCUGCGGCCUCGUGUUAGCGAGCGGGAGCUGCUGCUGGUGGGACGGCUGGUCAUCGUCGUGCUCAUCGGUGUGAGCGUGGCCUGGAUCCCUGUCCUGCAGGGCUCCAACAGUGGGCAGCUCUUCAUCUACAUGCAGUCAGUGACCAGCUCCCUGGCGCCCCCGGUGACUGCCGUCUUCGUCCUGGGCAUCUUCUGGCGGCGUGCCAACGAGCAGGGGGCCUUCUGGGGCCUGAUGGUGGGGCUGGCGGUGGGCGCCACAAGGCUGGUCCUGGAAUUCCUCUACCCGGCCCUGCCCUGCGGGGCCGUGGACACUCGGCCUGCCAUCCUGGGCAGCAUCCACUACCUGCACUUCGCCGUUGCCCUCUUUGCACUCAGCGGAGCUGUGGUGGUGGCCGGAAGCCUGCUGACGCCCCCGCCCCCCGCGGCUCAGAUCCACAACCUUACCUGGUGGACUCUAGCAAAGGACCUGCCCCCAGGAACCAAAACAGGUGACACCCAGAAACACGCUUUCUGGGCCCGUGUCUGUGGCAUCAAUGCCAUCCUUCUCAUGUGUGUCAACGUCUUUUUCUAUGCCUACUUCGCCUAA